UUGGAGGCGGACCGGAAACAGCGUGAGGUUACCGAGAUCUGUUCUGAAGUGUUUCAUCAGACCUCAUCCACUUUGACGUCUUCAGUUGACUUUAAAGUGUGCACACCUCUCCAUUUAGAAGAUGUUGAGAAGUGCCUCAGCUCAGAUCUUUCGGCAGGUGGUCAGGUUCAGGACCACAGACUCCAGCCUCAUCUUGGAGAGAUCAAUAAAUCGUGUGCAGCUUUUAGGCCGAGUUGGUCAAGACCCAGUGAUGAGACAAGUUGAAGGUCGUAAUCCUGUCACCAUCUUCUCAUUAGCAACUAAUGAAAUGUGGCGCUCUGGAGAGGGAGAGAUGAGCUCAACAGGUGACGUCAGUCAGAAAACAACCUGGCACCGUGUUUCCGUGUUUAAGCCUGGUUUGAGAGACGUGGCCUACCAGUACGUCAGGAAAGGGUCGAGGAUUCUAGUAGAAGGGAAACUGGACUAUGGAGAGUAUGUGGACAAGAACCAAGUCAGACGGCAGGCCACCACCAUCAUUGCAGAUAACAUUGUCUUCCUGAGUGACAACAUGCGAGACAGGACCUGAAAAUGUCCUCUUCUCAUCCGUCCAAGACUACUUCUUUUUGUACAGUUUUCUUGUGUUGAUACAAAAAUAAGACUGUGGACCUGAACGCCACCAAAAGGAAUUUUGUAUAAGGAUCCUAUACAAAGGGACAUGUUUGACUGUGACGCCUCCUACUGGUGGGAAAUAUCACUUGUGGCCUCUGAAUUUACAGAAAACACCCCUUGUUGGAAGUGUAAAUAUGCUGGUUUGAAUUGUGCUGUGUUCAUACAAUAUAUACACUCACAUACUGAUGUUUAGUGUCUGAGAAUAAUGUUAGAAGCAAGACUUGUUUCAGUUGCUUCACAUAAAUCAUCAGGAAAGUUCUGAUUCUGUUAAUGAAUGUCCCAAGAUAACUGUCAUGUACAAAUGUAUCUUUCUUUGAUCCAAGAUUCGGGAAAACCCUCCUCAUACGGUAGCUCAAGAAUUUAGAAAUAUUCUCUUGACUACAAGGGAGAUGCCAAACGUUUAACACUUCAAAUACUGCCCGUGAGUAGCUGGUUGCAUGUAUAACUGCGGACAUGUUGCCUCUGGAGAGGACAAAUCACACUCAAGAUAAGAUGUCCUCAGAAAUGUAAAGGUUUAAGGCAGUAUUAUGUCCUUCAACCUGGUCCAAUUUGAUACCAGCUGUCUAUCCUGCUCAUGCAAAAUUUUCACAAGUGAAGGUUUCACAACUUCGCAGAUGGCUGAAACAGUUGGGUGCAAAGUUGUCCAGUACGCAAAUGCAGACGAAGUGUACAGUCCAUCUUUAACUCGUUUUUUUAGAUAGUGUGCCUCCAGUAUAUACAAAUCUAAUAGUUCAUACCAGUUUAGUUUGUUUGAUGUUUCAUUUGUUUUAGUUUUCUGCUCUGUCAUGCUCUUUUCAGUUAUCUUUCUUUUCCUUCCUCAAUAGUGACUGGUUACUUAUCUCCAUUCAUCACACUGCAGUUGUUUCUUCUCUGUUUUUGGUUACUGUAAUAGUUUUUUUUUUCCCUAGAAUGUUUUGUUUAUAAAUGUGUGCGCACCUUCUGUACUCAGUAUAUUAUAUCUUUCUGUUCUUCAUAAAUGCA